AUGGCCACCGAGGCCUCGAUCGCCCUGACAAACCGCUCUCUCCGGACCAUUCGUACUGAACUUGAAUUUCUCGCCGAUACCUCCAUCAUCUCCCCUGAACAACUCUCCUCCAUCCUAGCCCAACUACCGGCCCAGACGCCGUUACAUGCUCCUUUACACGCUCCCGUCAAUGGCACCUCCAACACUCCUGUCGAGCAAUUCUCAAGCAUGACCUACGUUCCACCUCCAAUUCUGUCAAUUGCAUCCGCCCUAUACGCAUACACACCCACCGAUGCUGGAGACCUAGCGCUCCAACAAGGGGAUCGGAUACAAGUAUUGGAACACAUGAAUAAUGAUUGGUGGAGAGGUCGCAAUGAAAGAACCAAUCUAGAAGGAAUUUUCCCUCGCAGCUACGUCAAUGUCAUUGAGGACCGACGGCCACCGAUGGUUCACUCACAGUCAACCGAGUAUGGAAAUCUACCCCUUCAGGUCAGCCAGUCAGGGUCUUCCGCCGGCGGUCCGGAUGGUCGGAAAUACAGCAAGCUCGAAGAGCAAGGCAAGAAAUUCGGCAAGAAAAUGGGCAAUGCUGCCAUCUUUGGAGCAGGGGCUACAAUUGGCAGCAACAUUGUCAACGGCAUUUUCUAA